GCUCCGAAAUGGCUGCCACUAUAACAGAUGACAUUGUGGCGACAGUUUUGGAGUCAAUUGAGGAAAAGUCGUACGAAGAUGAGAAGGAGAAGGCUGGAAUGAUUAAAGAUGAAGCUAAUCAGUUUUUUAAGGAUCAAGUGUACGACGUGGCCGCCGACCUCUACUCUGUCGCAAUUGAGAUUCAUCCGACGGCGGUUCUUUACGGAAACCGUGCACAGGCCUAUCUGAAGAAAGAGCUCUACGGAAGUGCUCUUGAGGAUGCGGACAACGCGAUUGCAAUUGAUCCGUCAUAUGUGAAGGGAUUCUAUAGAAGAGCUACCGCCAAUAUGGCUCUGGGGCGGUUUAAAAAGGCGUUGACCGAUUAUCAGGCGGUUGUUAAGGUUUGCCCCAACGACAAAGACGCUCGCGCAAAAUUCGACGAAUGCUCGAAAAUCGUCCGCCGACAGAAGUUUGAAGCCGCAAUUUCGACGGAUCACGACAAGAAAACCGUCGCCGAGACUCUUGAUAUUAAUGCAAUGGCUAUUGAGGAUUCGUAUGAUGGUCCACGGCUGGAAGAUAAAAUAACCAAGGAAUUCGUGUUGCAACUCAUCAAAACGUUCAAAAAUCAGCAAAAAUUGCACAAAAAGUACGCGUUCAAGAUGCUCCUCGAGUUUUAUAAUUAUGUCAAAUCACUGCCAACAAUGGUUGAAAUUACGGUGCCAACUGGCAAGAAAUUCACGAUUUGCGGUGAUGUUCACGGACAAUUCUACGAUUUGUGCAAUAUUUUCGAGAUUAAUGGAUAUCCAUCGGAGACUAAUCCAUAUCUUUUCAACGGUGAUUUCGUGGAUCGUGGCUCAUUUUCCGUUGAAACAAUUUUCACAAUGAUUGGCUUCAAACUUCUAUACCCAAAUCAUUUCUUUAUGUCACGUGGAAAUCACGAAUCUGACGUCAUGAAUAAAAUGUACGGAUUUGAGGGUGAAGUUAAGGCGAAAUAUACUCAACAAAUGUGUGAUAUGUUUACGGAGACGUUCUGCUGGUUACCAUUGUGCCAUUUGAUUAAUGAGAAGAUUUUUGUGUGCCAUGGUGGAUUAUUCAAAGAAGACGGUGUAACACUGGAAGAUAUUCGAAAAACUGACAGAAAUCGUCAGCCACCAGAUGAGGGUAUCAUGUGUGAUCUACUUUGGUCAGAUCCUCAACCAAUCAACGGCCGGAGCCCGUCAAAACGUGGUGUCGGCUGUCAAUUUGGACCAGAUGUGACGUCAAAAUGGUGUGAAACGAAUGGAAUUGAAUAUGUAGUGAGAUCACAUGAAGUGAAGCCAGAAGGAUAUGAAAUGCACCAUAAUGGACAAUGUUUUACCGUUUUCUCGGCACCAAAUUAUUGUGAUCAAAUGAAUAAUAAGGGAGCUUUUAUCACGAUUACUGGCGAUAAUUUGACGCCCCGAUUCACGCCAUUCGACGCGGUUCCACAUCCGAAAUUGCCUCCAAUGGCCUACGCGAACAGUCUUUUCGGAUUUAAUUAGGCCGAGUUAGGCCUAUUUUCAAUUUUUUCCCCAAUUUUUUUUUGUGAUUUUUCUUCUCUUCUCUUUUUAAAUUAUCGAUUUUUUCUUUUUUUUUUCUUCGUUUCCCCCCUCAAAAAUCUUGUUUUGUUAGCCCAGCCCCUCCCACCCCCACCCCUACCUCCCCCAAACAUUUUGGGUCUCGCCACGAAACGAAAAUCUCUUCCACGCGGGACCCCUUUUUCCCAUUCCCAGGGGGAAUUUCCCACACACACACACACACUUUUUCUCUCCCCGACAUCCCAGUUCUUAUUAUUAUGAUUAUAGUUAUUACACGAAAGAUUUCAGACAAAUAUGAAAUUUGCAUGAUUAA